UGUCCACCCACGAGACAAACUGAGCAGUUCUUUUAGUUCCUGUCUCAAAGUCAACGCCCCCUUCCUCUGAAAUAUCAUGUGAGGCUCUUCUCCCCAACAUGCUUCUUCUCAAUCUCUGUCAUGAUACAAGCUGACUCAACUUUUCAAUUUUAGAUAUGGACUACAUCAACAAUACACAGAUGGAACAGAAAAACGGCACGAAUGUCAGCAGUGUGUUCACGCAUCAGGUUCUACCUGUGCUCUACUCCAUCAUCUGUGCUUGUGGCUUCAUUCUCAAUGGACUUGCCGCUUGGAUCUUCUUCAGGGUUCCCAGCUCCUCAGCUUUAGUCGUUUACCUAAAAAACAUGGUGGUGGCAGACAUUCUGAUGCUGUUUACCUACCCGUGGCGUGUGGUGAGUUAUCUUGGUUACGGCGGCUUGCAGUCGAAGCUGAUAGUUUGCCGCUACACAACUGUGCUUUUCUACCUCUGCAUGUACACAGGAAUAACCUUUAUGAGUCUCAUCAGCUUGGAGCGCUACUUCAAAAUCGUCCGUAGCACCUCCGCUGUGUCUUCCCUUCUGGAGCGUGUUUCGGUAGCGAAGGCUUUCAUGUUGCUAGCUUGGGGCGUCACAGUGUUCUUCAUGCUGCCCAACACCAUAUUAACCAACCAGCCCAUACCUGAAGUUUUUUCCUGCAUGGCCCUGAAAAGUAAACUGGGUCGGAGCUGGCAUGAAAUUUCAGCCCACUUCAACGUUGGAAUCUUCUGGGUGGCGUUCAUGCUGAUGGUGUUUUGCUACACCUCCAUCACCUGUCACGUGUACCGCUCUUACAAACGGGUGCAACGGGACAGCAGCGAGGCAGGACGACGGUCAAAUCGAAGCAUCUUUAGUUUGCUGGCCGUGUUCGUCUUCUGUUUUGUUCCCUACCACAUUUGUCGCUUACCAUACACGCUUAGCCAAAGGUCCAAGGCUGGUUUUAGCGAGCACAACCACUUCAUUCUCUUCCAGGUAAAAGAAGCUACGCUCUUCCUGUCCGCUCUUAACGUCUGUUUGGAUCCUGUCAUUUACUUCUUCAUGUGCAGGACAUUCAGAGAAUCACUUUUGCAGAAGAUGUCUUCUGUAAACCAAGAAAACAGGAGGCCUUCAAUUGGUACUGGGCUGCGUAACAGCAAUCUGUAAGAGAAAGAGCAACAAGAGAGAUGUGCAUUGGCCAUUUGCAGGAUGGAAAAACUUUUUUAAAACCACAUAACUAACUGUGGUUUCCUUGUAUACGAAAAUGCAGAAUGAUGAGGCAGAAGGAAAGAAAUCAACCACAGCUCUCAAAAUCAUUUACUGAAGUAAGCUAGUCCUUAAAGGGAAGGUAUUUCUGACAUAAUUUACUCACCCUGAUGUCAUUUGAAAUCUGACUUAAAAAUAAAUGUUCCAAAAGGGGGUUUUCUCAGUGAUGCCAUAGAAGAAACAUUUUUCUUAGUGUGCAGAACAUUUUAAUAAUCUAAAAAUCCUUUUUCCACUAUAAAGAGCCUUUUUGUAUAAUGGAAAGAUGCCAUAGAUGCCAGUGAAGAGAGUAUUUUGAAGAAUAUCCCAGACAAUCUUUUCUGUACAAUCAAAGUGAAUGAGACUUGGGGUAUCAAGCUCCAAAAUGACAAAAUAUCAACAUAAAUAAUUCAUACAAUA